GCAAAAAGGCUUAAAUAGUCUCCGUCUCUUUCCUAUUUUCGACCGUUGGAAUCCAAAAUCUUUAAUCUUUAAUUGCAAAGUAAGUAAAAGCGCAAGAGGAAACUACAGAAGCCAUUAUUAAAUCCACCAAAAUCCAAGAUAUCUGCACACAGCGCGACCUCAAAUUCAUCAACAAUGGCAGCGACUAACGGCUCUCUGCAACAAACCCAUCAUCAACCAAACCCUGCUUUCCAAUAUCUCUUCCAAGCCCUCGACCCCAUCUCCCUCAUUCUCUCCCAGAACCCACAACCAGACCAAGAGCCAGUCCCUCUGCGGCUCAUCACAGAGAGCAUCAUGGAGAGAGGACCCAGAUACAAAGCCUACGCGGAGCUCAGAGAAGCAAAGCUGCGAAGGAAGCAUCUGAGGCCGGAAGAGGCCGAAGAACCCGAAUUGAAACCGAGCCCGUUGAAGAAACAAGUCAAAUUUCAGACCAAUACGACCAAAUCGCGUAAAGGGUCCUCUGCUGUGGCUCAAUCAGUGCCUGAUUUCUCCGCUGUGUUGAGAAAAGAGAACCGCAAGCCACCAACAAGGCUUCCGUCGACGCUUGAGAUGACCCCGCCGGCGAAGUCCUGGUCGAAAGCGAAUGGGGUUUUGUCCAAUUCGAGAGGGAGUAAGUCGGCGAGCGCAGGGGAGAAGAGGUACAACAAUGGUGGAGGGUUGAUGGCAAGGAAGAGCUAUGCGAGUAUGGAGGAAUUGAAGGGUUUGUCUUCUGCUGCUGCUAAUGCUAUUAGUGGCGAAAACAGGGGAGGGAGGAAUGGGAAUGGCAGAGCAAUUCCCAAGACUGUUUUGGGGUACAGGCAGUUUUGAUUUUCAAAGUUUGCUGCUUUGCUGCCUAAUCUUUUUUUUUUUAUUACUAUUUUUUCGUAACUUUGAGUUCAUUCUUAUUUUUCAUAAUAUGAAUUCUUUUGGUUCAUGGUUUGCCUGAGUGAUUGAUUACCACUGAGAAUUCUUUUGGGUUUUUUUGAUGGAUUGUAAAGCUCUUUUGAUGUAACUAACUAGUAUAUGAGUUUGAGAGUUUUAGUAUAUGAUUCUUUUACUAA